GCUUGUGCGACACUUUAGUACGUGACGAGAAGUGUUAAAUGUUGUUUCGACCUAUCUGUCAGAAGCGAACAUAUCGUUGAUUUUUCAUAAUAUCUCGAAAGAGCUUAGUGAAUUCAGUGCCAAUUGGAUUUUUUUAAUUGUCAAGGUAUCGCUGAAAAUACAGCAAUGUUCACAGGGGGGAAAAAAUGGGCGGCUCGUUGUGAGGAGUUGUUCUCGUACAUUCGUCGCGUUAUUUUACGAGAGAGAAAUUUUCAAGGUGGAGAUCAGCACAGCCAUCGUGGACACGGUUGAAUUUAUUUUUACGCUGCUCGAUAUCGUUGUACGCCUGUAGGAACGGACACUCAUCAUUGCCAGAAAUAGAUAUCGAUUAAUCACCAAUGGGGAAAGAUUAUUAUAAGAUAUUAGGCAUAACCAAAACUGCCACAGACGAUGAGAUCAAGAAAGCAUACAGAAAGCUCGCUUUAAAAUAUCAUCCUGAUAAGAACAGAAGUGCAGAUGCAGAAGAAAAGUUUAAAGAAAUAGCAGAGGCUUACGAAGUACUUUCCGAUGCUAAGAAGAGAGAUGUUUAUGAUAAAUAUGGAGAAGAAGGCCUGAAAGGCGAAGCUGGAUCUACAAGACAUGGAGGUGGCCCAACAUACAGCUUCCACGGCGAUCCAAAAGCAACGUUUGCUCAAUUCUUUGGUUCUGCUAGUCCCUUCCAAAACUUCUUCGAGUUUGGUAACCCUAUAGGAAACAGGGUAUUCUGUUUCCAUGAUGAUGAAAUGGACAUAGAUGAUCCACUUGGUUUGGGAGUAGGGCCCCAGCAUCAAAGUUCUCAAGGUGGUGCCUUCAGAUCGCAUUCAUUCAAUUUCGUGGGACCUACCUCGACCAAAGGAGGUGGCAAAGAUCGUGCUCAAGAUCCUGCUAUAGAACAUGAUUUAUGUAUCACUUUGGAGGAGAUUCUACGUGGUUGUACAAAGAAAAUGAAAAUCUCUAGGAGGGUUGUACAACCUGAUGGCACUACAAGGAAAGAAGACAAAGUUCUUACAAUCAAUGUAAAACCAGGAUGGAAGGCUGGUACCAAGAUCACUUUCCAAAGAGAAGGUGACCAGGGCCGUGGAAAAGUUCCAGCAGAUAUUGUUUUUAUCAUCAGAGACAAGCCACAUCCUCUAUUUAGAAGAGAAGGCAGCGAUAUAAGAUACCCUUGCAAGAUGAGUUUAAAACAAGCUCUUUGUGGUACUGUCAUUGAAGUUCCUACGCUUACUGGCGAAAAAAUCACUUUAAAUCUGACAAGGGAGAUUGUUAAACCUAAUUUGGUCAAGAGGAUUCAAGGGCAUGGCCUACCAUUCCCAAAAGAACCAUCAAGAAAAGGCGACCUUCUAGUUUCAUUCGACAUCAAAUUUCCCGAAUCAUUAUCGCAAAGUGCUAAGGACAUAUUGUAUGAUACUCUGCCAAAUUGAACAUGAAAUUGAAAGGAAAGUAUAUGGAUAAUUGUCAUCACAACGACAGUUCUCUAAUCGUCCCAAUUGACGAGAGUAAACACUCGUGUACGUUCUAGUACAUAAUAUGUGGUUAGAGAGCUGUGAAUAAUAAUUGUCGAGGCAAAGAAAAUAAUUUUAUCUCAUAGUUAGGGAAAAUGUGAUUUACACAUUAGUAAGAUGUAAAAAUCAAUUUUUUGAUUUGAAUUUUGGCAAGGCUUGUUUUCGUUGGAAUAUAAAACGAAAAAUAAAGGAAAGAAAAGUUGCUUUUGUAGUACAAUGGAAAUCUACUUUGCCUCUACAUGCGGGAAAAAUGAUCCUAAAUACUGAUUAAGAUUAAAUAUAUUACAUUAAGUUAUGCGAUUUAACAGUAAGAGUCUGUUACCGUACAACUCCGUGAUCACGGUUUAAUUAAUUUGUUUAUUAUGUACAUUCAGAGUAUGUAUUCUGUAUGCAUCUUGAGUAAACGAGUUUAUGCCUGUGAACGUAUACGUGGUAUAUAAGUAUUACGUUGAUAGUGUAAAUGCGAUACGUAUGUCCGAUUUGUACGAGUGAUAAUUUCUGCUGAAAUAUGACAAAUUGAGCCACCGUCAUUGUGUUCAAAUCAUUACACAUUAUUUCUUUUUUCAUCCAUAUAUCGUCACUCAAUUGUUUAAUAACGUAAAUAAAUAUGCGCAGUAACAAAUUUAGAGGAAUAGUAUUUAAGCAUUCAAAAAGAGCUCAUAAAUCUCAUUAUUGUUCAUAUUUACAAUGGAUAGUGGCACAGUUUGUUACAUGGACGCAGACGUGCGUAUAAACAAGUAAUUAUUUGUAAUAUCGAGCUGAUUGUUUUCUUAUGUCACGCGUCUUCUUAAUUUUAACGGUUGGUUAAUUAUUUGUACGUUAAAAUAAUAUCGAUACAAUUAAGU